ACGAAGUUCCGGCAGCAACACCAAGGGACUCGAGAAGAGAAUCCCAGUCAGCGGCACCAACCGACAGUUGGUCCGACAGAACAAAAUCGGACGACGACCCGGCCACAACGGCCUCGGCGGCCUCGUCCUCUUCGCGGAGAAUGCGGUCGUCUAUGGCAAUAGACUCGGCGACGCGAUUCUCCAAGAAUUCCAACUGCUUGCGAAGGCGUCGGCGACGACUGAGAAGCUCGGACUGACGAGUCGACAACUCGUCCAGGGCCGCUUCGGACUCGUCGAGCUGAGCACGGAGUUUGAGAAUGGACGACUUGGUGCGUUCCCACUCGGAAGUGGAAACCUCGAUAUCGCAAGAUUUGGAGUUGGACCGAACACACUCCAAGCAACGACCGGAGGCGAUGUGCACCUUGCACACCAGUUUGCGCUCGCGGCAACGGGCACACUUCGUCGGCAUAACCCUGCCCUCGAGAGAGAUCUUCUCGGACAGACGCAAACGACGGACUGUAGAAGAAACCUUGCUGGCACGCGGCAUGGUGGAAGAAAGAUAGUUGCGAGGACGCAACUGAAGGAAGAAGGAGGGGUGGUGUUACGAGCUACGCCCUGCACAAUCAUUACUAAGCUGAUGGCCCUGACGGGUGACACGGGAGUCACGGACCUCACGGUGUACACGGUCGGCGCGCCAGUCACGUGACGUGCUCUCCGUGAUCUCUGUGCUCUCCGAGAGAGCAUGGGAGAUCACAUAGAGCACCAUGUAAAUACAUGCGUUGCGGCGCA